UGAGCGGCAGGACACUCCGGUCACUACAGGCAGUUAAAACGCACCGAUAGCUUGCAUCUGCCUGACAGGACAAGCUUUGUCUUCUCCAGAAAUGGAUCGGAAGCCCUGGAGUUCCGAAGCUAUCUUCCAAGAAUGUUACAGACGUAAAAAGUUGUCCGUCAUCAUGAAAGUCAUGAACAGCCUACGAAAACAGGGCACUCUGUGUGAUGUGUUGCUGGUGGUACAAGGGAAACAGUUUCCUGCACACAGAGUAGUGCUGGCAGCUGCCAGCCAAUACUUCAACCUCAUGUUCACCAACAGCAUGAUGGAGUCCACGUCCCAUGAGGUGGAACUCAGGGGUGCUGAGCCUGAGGUCAUUGAACUGCUGUUAGAAUUUAUCUACACGGCUCGAAUUUCUAUAAAUAUGAGUAAUGUCCAGUCUCUGCUGGAUGCGGCCAACAAAUACCUGAUUGAGUCUGGAAAGAAAAUGUGUGCAGACUUUCUUGAAAGACAGAUUAAUGCUACAAACUGCUUGGGAAUCCUCGCUCUUGCAGACUGCAUGGGGUGUCCAGAGCUGAAAUUAAAAGCUGGGAACUUUAUCCAUGCCCAUUUCACUGCUGUCUACAAAAUGGAUGAAUUCUUGCAGAUGGACAUCACACAGCUCAAAUAUAUUCUGCAACACAACAACCCCGCUCUGCUAGGGGAGCUGGUUUUUGAUGCUGCAAUCCGGUGGCUGCAGUACGACAUGCCAAACAGAAAGCAGCAAGUGGUGGAGGUGAUGGGAUGUGUCCGCCUCCCACUCAUCUUCAGAACCAUGCCGUACCAGAUGGCACUGGGUGCAAUACGCUAUUACCUGCUGCCCCCGAAAUACCCUGAGUGUUUGGGAGUCGUCCCCCAAUGGAACAGCCAACCACGACCUGUGACGUGUCUUUACAGAAUUGCUGUGUUUGGAGGCUCGCAGCCGCUAUCCUGCCGCUACUUUAUCCCAAAGGACUCCCAAUGGGCAAAUAUCCGCUGCCCCUUUGUGAGGCGUCGAGAUGCCGCAGCAGUCUUUUGGAACAACGUGGUUUACAUAAUGGGCGGCUUGCAGAGUUUCCGGAUUAGAAGUAUGGACUGCUACAACGUCCUGAAGGACAGCUGGAAUUCCAAGAGAGGUCCUCCCACACCUCGGGAUAGCCUGGCUGCCUGUGCUGUCAAUGACAAGAUCUACGUAUCAGGAGGGGCAGAUGUGGGUAGGACAGCCCUUGACAUUUUUGAGUGCUACAACAUAAGAACCAAGACAUGGGAAAGAAAAAGCAGAAUGAUGACGGCUCGCUGCUGCCAUGGCUCAGUGGAGGCCAAUGGACUCAUUUAUGUUUGUGGAGGAGCUUUGAGCAAGAACCCUUUCAGAAUUCUCAACAGAUGUGAGGUGUUUGAUCCCAGCACACAAGAAUGGCGUCGGCUGCCUGACAUGAGAGAGGCCAGGAUGAACCACGGGUUGGCUGUGGUCAACAACAGAAUCUAUGCUCUCGGAGGACAGGGAUACUCAGGUGGGCUGGACUCAGUGGAGUACUAUGACAUUGCCGGUAAUGAGUGGCACAGAGCCGCACAGAUACCAUGGCGCGGCUUAUCUAUUAGGUGUGGCGUGGUGGGGGACGUCAUCUACGUGCUGGCGGGGAUUAAAGAAGUUUCCCAGCUCAGACAUGUAAUGGAGUACCACACAGACUCUAACAGGUGGGUGGUUUGCAACGUGCAAGCGUUUCAUGUGGCCACAUGCCCGAUCUGUGUCAUCGACACGGUUUGGGUUUAACGAGAACUACGUGGCCCUUGGAGAUUCUCAGACAUCGAGCGGGUCUGUUGCAUCAACGUCAUCCUCCUCUUGAUAGUGGACUUUACAGAAACGGAACACAAUGAAUGAGAAUCCGAUUUCAGUCUAUUUGAUUCUUUUGAAUUGCUUGCCUGCUGUUAAAAUGUGUUUUUUUAUUUGUAAAAUAAACUUGAUUCUACAAACUUAAAA